CCACAGUUAUUAGACUUGGGGUAAACAAAGAUCAGAGCACGGGUCAGAGGCAAGAAGAGCCCUGACUGAGGAAGAGCUUCACUUACAUGCUGCCUUCUAGUCCUGUUGGAAAAAGCCGUUGUCCUGUUAUGUGCCUAUUCUAGUGUCAGUUUAGAGGUCGUUAUGUUUCGCUGAAAUCGUCAUUUACGAGGAGUCCAUGAAGGAGGCACAUGUCUUGGAAAAACAGGAGGUGGGGUUUCGGGCGAAGGUGUACACGAAGCCGAAAUUUCCGGAUUGCUGGACUAAAACAACCCACCACGGUCCCGCUAACCACCAGCAUGGACGCGGCUCCGGGAUAAAGUGAACGAUGUCUUCUGCUGUUUAUCUGUCACUUCUUCUGGUGUUAUCGUGUCACCAGCGGCUCGCCUCGGGCUCACAUGUCCUCGGGAACCCAACCGAUGUCGGACUAACCGGGUGGUCCGCAAACACCACACGAGCCGUGAUGUUUCAAAGCAGCAAAGAAGAGUGUGACCUUGUGAUGAACCUUAGUGCUGCAGACCGCUGUGCAUUUGUGAAGAACACACCGGACUGUAGCAUGGAAGAUGGCUUCAUCAGCUACCUUCGUGUGGCCUUCUGUCUGCUUCCUCCCAACCUCACACCUCUCACCAUCAUUCUCUGUAUUAUAUGGCUGUUCUUUUUAUUCUUCAUUCUUGGACUGGCAGCAUCAAAGUUUUUCUGCCCCAACCUGUCAGCCAUCUCCACCAGCCUGCACCUCACUCACAACGUGGCUGGUGUGACAUUUCUGGCUCUUGGUAAUGGAGCUCCAGACAUCUUCAGCGCCAUUGCAGCUAUCUCCCGCCCACACACUGCUGGGCUGGCUGUCGGAGCCUUAUUUGGAGCUGGUGUAUUUGUCACCACGGUAGUUGCCGGCAGCGUGGCGCUGGUCAAGCCUUUCACUGUGGCCUCCCGUCCGUUUCUGCGUGACGUCAUCUUCUACAUGGCGGCAGUGUUUUGGACUUUCUUCAUGUUGUUCAGAGGAACCAUGACACUGAGAGAAACAUUUGGAUACCUGAGCCUCUAUGUGGUCUAUGUACUGACCGUUAUCAUCAGUGCGUACAUCUACAACCGGCAGAAACAUUCAAUUAACUCCAGUGUCCGUCACGUUGCACAUAUCCCAGUCUCUGCUGCAGAGUUUCACUCCUCCGACUCGUCUGAUGAUGACAUUCCCUGCCUGACUGGCGGGCCCAUCCAGCACGAAUAUGAGUCUGAGUGCGUUUCAGAGUCCGAGUACAGGCCUCUUCUGCCUUACUCAGAAUCCACGAGUCAGAUCCUGCUGAGCUCUCUUAACCCGGUGGACAACAGGAAGUGGAGGAGGAAAUCAUGGAGAUGGAGAGUCCUCAAAAUGCUGAAGACACCUGUGGAGGUCCUGCUGCUGCUCUGCAUCCCUGUAGUCGACCCUGAUAAAGAAGACAAGAACUGGAGACGUCCAUUAAACUGCCUUCAUCUGAUCACAGCUCCUCUGGUGUGUGUGCUCGUCUUCCAGUCUGGAAUGUAUGGAGAUUAUAUGAUUCAAGGACAGUUUCCCAUCUGGCUGCUGACUCUUCUGCUGGGACUUUUCCUGUCUGCUAUUGUCUUCUGCACCACCACUAAUGACUGUCCUCCCAAAUAUCAUCCACUGUUUGCUAUUUUGGGCUUCGUGGUGAGUGCAGUGUUGAUCAGCGCAGUAGCCUCUGAAGUGGUCAGUCUUCUGCACAUGCUCGGUGUGGUGCUGAGUCUCAGCAACACUGUGCUGGGUCUGACUCUGCUGGCCUGGGGCAACAGCAUAGGAGACUGCUUUUCGGACAUCACCAUCGCCCGGCAGGGGUACCCACGGAUGGCCAUAUCUGCAUGUUUUGGAGGCAUCAUUUUCAACAUGGUGUUUGGUGUGGGUUUAGGAUGCCUGGUACAGAUGCUUAAAACACACGCCGAUGUGCAGUUUGAACUAGAGGGCUUGUUGACGUGGGUUCUUGCAGGAUCUCUGGGCUUGUCUUUAGUCCUGUCCUUCGUCAUCAUUCCACUGUGCCGGUUCCACUUGGGUCGUGCCUACGGGAUCUUUCUCCUCUUCUUCUACGCCACCUUCCUUGUCAUCGCACUGCUCACAGAGUUUGGCAAGAUCCACAGUGUAUAGGUGUGACUCUGAGGUCAGUCUGAAAUGAAGGACGUCCUCCUGGUAUACAAAAUGACACACUGGAACAGAGGCUGCAGACGAAUGACAUCCUCUUCUACACAUAAUAUUAACGCACUAUUUAUACAAGAAUCAACACUUUGUGCACUUGCCUGCUGUACCGAGUCAUCAUGUGGCUGGUUUGUGAAACCAAGCAGGUAUAUUAAUGACAAACUAAGACUUCUCUGCUCAGGGAGAGCUGAAACUAAUCAUCACUGUGCCUUUAUUCAACUUUUUGUUUGUGCUGACUGAUGGCACUUUGUGAAUCCAGGGGGAAAACACAAGUUGCAGAAACAUUGUGAAUGAACUAAGGCCUUGAACACACGUAUACAGAUAUUUUGCUAAAGGAACAUGUCGCUCUGCAGUUGGGCCUCUUGUUCACAAGCAAACGCCGUUUUAGGUCACCAAAACAGAUUUUUUUAAAAAAACGCCUUCAGUGCAGAUUUUUCAAAACAGUUUCUGUAUCAAUGAGUCAUUGCCUUACCUUUGUGUGUCACGUAUAAUGAGUGUGAAUCUGCAACUACAAGUUUUUUUUUGUUGUUGUUUUUUUUUUUAAAGGAAUGGGAAAAAUAUCCGUUUUAAAAAAUAUCAGUAUAGGUGUGGUCAAGGUUUAAAUGUACUGUAAAUCAAAAUGUUAAAAUGACCCUGUACAAAGCUGCUUUGGGGGAAUUAAAUAAUUUUGGUUUUGGUAUUUGUUUACAGGUUGUACAGAGUAAUGCUAUGCUUGUCUUUCCUCACUCUGUGUUAAAUUAUUACAAGUAAAUAAGCAGUUAGCAGCAGUAUGAUACAGCAAAAAUACAUCAAUGACAAUUUGAACAGUUUAAUAAAAUCCCUUAUUAACUAUACAUUACAGAAUAAGAAGUUAUAUAAAAGUAAAAUAGUUUGAGUCUGUUGAGACAUUAGUUAGGAGAUACGCUGUAAUUGUUUCGUUGGGUUCAGCUAACAGGAGUGUUAUUGUUUGUACUUUUGGUCUGUGUUAAUACUGGUCAUAUGGGCCGUUGAACUAAGGCAUCAGGUAUAAGUACUACAUGAUUUACAAGAGGUCGCAAAAAGGCCGACAGCAGUAUACAUACAGUACACAACAUUCUGCAGUAGUACAGGCUCUCUGGAAAUAUCUGCUGCGGUCUUUGAAAAGACCAAAAGAUGACAACAUUCCCGCCGGUUGAGUUACUGCUGUCGUUCUGUCUGAAGCAACGGCUCCAGAAAGGAGUCAUCAUUAACUCAUCUCACUCUCGCGUCAUCCAAAAGGCCCCCGGACUAGUUUCCCACUGUGACCAACAGGGAGCGGAGGGACUGGAAAAGACCUGGAGUGAUGGGGUUUCCUCGCAUUAAAAAACGCUGAGAUGGUAGCGAGUACAGUGUGUACGGCUUGCAAACUGGGCGUUAGUUGAUGCUGUGCGCUCCAGUCUGUGAGUUGAGCUGAGGCUGCGGGAAGGAAGACGGUUCAGAGACAGGACUGUCCAGAUCCCGCUCCAGGCUUUGGUCUGGCUGAGGCAGGUUUUCCCUUGAAUACUCUGCAUACCACUCCUGGAGAAACAAGGUGCAGAAAAAGUUAGCCGGUCACGACAGACCAUGCUACUGUUGUGGUACGCGGGAUUAUUUCUUCAGGGUCUUACCUGUAUCUCCUCCUCGUACAUUUUCAUGCUGAGGUCGCUCUUCGUUCUAGACCUACGACCCAGAUACACCAGAGACGAGUGCUGCACACAACAAAGCAGGAGGGAAAGCAAGUUAGUGGGACUUUAUGUGAAGAGCAGAGGACAAAGAGUUCAUUUGUUUGUGUGUGUGUAUUCUUACCCCACCCCUGUCCAUGGCUUGUAGGACUCCUUGUAGAGAGCUGAGGGAGGACAGUCCUGGGCAGGUCUGUUUGUACAGCUCCAGAGUGGCCAGAGCUUCAUCACGACUCACCUCGACUUCAAACACUAUCCCGUUCUCAUCUAGAGCACGUGCACACACAGACGGUAAAAUGACCCACUGAACGCUAUUUCACUCGCCACGCUGUCCUUUCACACAGGUGAUCAAUGAAAUGUUUUAUCUGAUUAUCUGUGCAAGAAAUGCUGUGAAUAUUUAACAAUACAUGAAGGCUGUUGUUCUUCAGUGCUAUACCAAACACACAGCUGUGUUUUUGUAAC